AGGUGUCCAGGCUGAGACAGGGGUAAUGCCAGCGCGAGCCCUAGAUGGUGUGAGGCCCUCCCAGAGCCAGGAAAUGGCUACAGCCAUGGAGCCAGAGGACCAGGAUCUUUGGGAAGAAGAGGGAAUUCUGAUGGUAAAACUGGAAGAUGACUUCACCUGUAGGCCAGAGUCUGUCACACAGAGGGACGACCCUGUGCUGGAGACCUCUCACCAGAACUUCCGGCGCUUCCGCUACCAGGAAGCAGCAAGCCCUCGAGAAGCUCUCAUCAGACUUCGAGAACUGUGUCAUCAGUGGCUGAGGCCAGAGAGGCGGACAAAGGAGCAGAUCCUAGAGCUGCUUGUGCUGGAACAAUUCCUUACUGUCCUGCCUGGAGAACUGCAGAGCUGGGUGCGCGGCCAACGACCAGAGAGCGGCGAGGAGGCGGUGACGCUGGUGGAGGGUUUGCAGAAACAACCCAGGAGACCAAGGCGGUGGGCAGCUUCUCUGAAAAUAAGCCCUGAUGACAACCAGGAACUUCCUCCUGACUCCGUGGUGACUGGCAGUUGGAAUCAUUCCCAGGUGACUGUCCACGUUCACGGCCAGGAAGUCCUGUCAGAGGAGACAGUGCACUUAGGAGCAGAGCUCGAGUCACCUCAUGAGCCACAGGGUGCUGCACAGGCCUCGACCCCCGAGCAGUCCCAGGAGGAAAGCACACAAAGCCCAGAUCUGGGGGCACCAGAAGACCAGAGCCCAUGUCCUGAAGAGGAGCUGCCACCCCUGCAGGAGAGCGAGACUCCAGCGCCUCAGGACCCAGACCUUCCUGCAGAGAGGAGCUCUGGAGGCUCUGAGAUGGUUGCCCUUCUCGCUGCUCUGUCACAGGGACUGGUAACUUUCAAGGAUGUGGCUGUAUGUUUCUCCCAGGACCAGUGGAGUGAUCUAGAUCCAACACAGAAAGAAUUCUAUGGAGAAUAUGUCUUAGAAGAAGACUGUGGAAUUGUGGUCUCUCUGUCAUUUCCAAUCCCCAGACUAGAUGAGAACUCCCAGGUUAGAGAGGAAGAGCCUUGGGUCCCAGAUAUCCAAGAGCCUCAAGAGCCUUCAGAGCCAGAAAUCCUGAGUUUUACCUACACAGGAGAUAGGAGUGAGGAUGAGGAAGAGUAUCUUGAGCAAGAAGAUCUGAAUUUGGAGGAUAUACACAGGUCUAUUUUGGGAGAUCCGGAAAUUCACCAGACUCCAGAUUGGGAAAUAGUCUUUGAGGAUAACCCAGGUAGACUUAAUGAAAGAAGAUUUGGUACCAAUAUUUCUCAAGUGAAUAGUUUCAUGAGUCUUCGGGAAACCACGCCUAUUCGAUCCCUCUUAGGGAGACAUCACAACUGUACUGUAUGUGGAAAAAGCUUCACUUGUAACUCCCACCUUGUUAGACACCUGAGAACUCACACGGGAGAGAAACCCUAUAAAUGUAUGGAGUGUGGGAAAAGUUACACGCGGAGCUCCCAUCUUGCCAGGCACCAAAAGGUUCACAAGAUGAUCACUCCUUACAAAUGUCCCCUAAACCGGAAGAAUUUGGAUGAGACCUCCCCUCUGACCCAGGCUAAGAGAACUCCACCUGUUCAGAAGCCCUAUGGUUGUGACGACUGUGGAAAACACUUCCGCUGGACUUCAGACCUUGUCAGGCAUCAGAGGACACAUACAGGAGAAAAACCCUUCUUCUGUACUAUUUGUGGCAAAAGCUUCAGCCAGAAAUCUGUGCUAACAACACACCAAAGAAUCCACCUUGGAGGCAAACCUUACUUGUGUGGAGAGUGUGGCAAGGACUUCAGUGACCACAGGCGGUAUGUGGCACACCGGAAGACACACGCAGCUGAGGAGCUUUAUCUCUGCAGCGAGUGCGGGCGGUGCUUCAACCACAGCGCAGCAUUUGCCAAGCACCUGAGAGGACAUGCCUCGGUGAGGUCCUGCCGGUGCAGUGAAUGUGGAAAGAGCUUCAGUCGGAGGGACCACCUUGUCAGGCAUCAACGAACACACACUGGCGAGAAACCCUUCACAUGCCCUACCUGUGGAAAAAGCUUCAGCAGAGGCUAUCACUUAAUCAGACAUCAGAGGACCCACUCAGAAAAGACCUCCUAGCUAGGUCCCCAGUGAGGAGAUCUGCAUUCACCUCCCACCCAAGGAUGGGAUAGGAGAAGCCCUCUUGUCAGCCUGGGAAGACCUUUUCUAGGGAGUUUCCCUGGCCUGCCCAGAUCUCACAUCACCUCUUCCCAUAACUAAGUAAAAGCCUGGGUGGAACCUCUCAGCCCUCUUUUAUGCCUUGAGGAGAUGUUUUGCCCACCUGAAUUGAGGCUUCUUCAUCACUGGUGUGCUCCCGCCUCUACCUCAUGGGUGUAAAGCAGGAGCAUUAGGAGACUUAUGAGGUUUUGGUUAGUAUAUUUUCCAUAAAAUAGGCUGUUACGUAUCUGAAAGACUGCUUAGCAGCCUUGAGUAUACAGUGGCCAAGGGCAGCCCCUUAGGUCUAGUAAGGGACCAGCCUGAGGGGUUCUGUCCUUACUGGGCUCAGAUCUUAAAGCACAUAGCCCUGAAUUAGACAGGAGGUUUGCGUCCAGCUGGCUUUGCCACACCAUCACAGGAUACCUGUACAGACCCUCACUGUCUGAUUCACUCCUUCACCAGGCACUUCCUUUGAUACUGGGGAGAAAGGGUAGAAAUGUUUGAUGGCAAAAACCUCAAGGCUGCUUCCUGUGGACCUUGUCCAGCUGCUGCUUUCCCCAUUGUGAAAAUGAUACCAGGUGCAUGACACUGCUAGAAAAGAGGGCCUUGCCAGAAGCUUCUUUCUUUGUGGGUUUCGUUUGUAUUUCUCCUGUUGGAGUACUCAUGCCCAUAGCCUGCCUU